AUGGCUCACAUGCUCGAGACCCGCCUGGUGGACCCCAGCAGCUACCGAACCAGCAGCGAGGACACCGACAGCGGCACCAGCAGAGGCGGCAGCGGCGGCGGGGGCUCGAGCACCAGCAGAGCCGACAGCCUGAUGGACCAGCGCCUGCACCUGCUGACGGAGCACGUGGCGAGGAUCGACAACAAGCUCUCGACCAUGCAGAAGGCCCUCGACACCAACUCCAUCUCCGCCGCGCCCGACGAGCUCAUUGCGGCUGCCUCUGAGAGCUACCGCGUGGGCGUGAAGGUCCCCCGGGAGCAGAUACUGGAAAAGACGCCAGUCCUCGAUCAACUGCAAGAAUCGAUGGACUCCUUGCGCGAGUCCGUGAGCUCCAUGGACCGGCGGCUGCAGUUCCACAUGGCCUACGUCUCCGGGGACCUCGAGACGCUGUCGGGCUCCGUCAGGGACAUCCACGACGCCAUCCUGGAGGAGCAGCAUCCGACCACCGACGCCACCACGGUGCCGCCGGGAAGCAAUACGACCCGUCAGUCAGCGCCUCUGAACAAGAUCGACUCCCUCGUGAACAAGAUGUCCCCCAUGGAAACCGUGUGGGAGAAGAUGGAGGAGGUGUGGGACGUCGUGGUUGGCACUAAGAGCUCCGUGGACGUGCUAGUGCCAAAGAGCGAGGCACUCCUGAACACGUCGCAGAGGCAAGAGCGAGCGAUUUCGACCAUACAGUCCGACCUCACGGAAAAGGCCAACCGCAUCAUCCAUAAUCUUGGACAGGUUGGGGAAAAGUUUCCUGCCUCCUUGCAGACCUAUUUAAUGGAGAGGAAUGUAACAGAUGCGCCCACGACCACCGAGAGAACGCCCGUGGGUCCCUCAGGGUUGGUGUUCCCCUCCGUGCAGAAGAAACCGGUCAUUCUCAACACCACGUUCAUGAUCAACGAACUGAACGACCAAAAGAAGCAAGGGUAUUCGUGCGGUGACCUCAGCAAGAGAGGCAUGGUGGAGAGUGGAACUUAUUAUCUCAAAAUACGUGGAACGACUUACUGGUUCCUGAAGGUCUAUUGCGACAUGGACACGGCAGGAGGCGGAUGGACGGUGAUCCAGCGCCGCGACGACUACGGCGAGCCCCGCGAGACCUUCAACCGCGAGUGGGACGACUACAAGCACGGCUUCGGAAACCCCGAGGCGGAGUUCUGGCUCGGCAACGAGAACAUCUACAUGCUCACCAACACGGACGACUACAUGCUCAGGGUCGAGCUCGAGGACUUCGACGGGAACAGGAGAUACGCCGAGUAUUCCACCUUCAAACUCCACAGCGAGCAGGAGAUGUACAAACUGGAGAUCGGAGGCUAUUCGGGCAACGCGGGAGACUCGCUCAACGACCCCUGGUAUGGGUCCAAUCUCAGCCCAUUCUCUACUGUCAACAGAGACAACGACCGAUCGAGUCUGAACUGCGCGUCGAUGCUGAAGGGCGGCUGGUGGUGGCGCUCCUGCGGGAGAGGGCUCAACGGCCUCUACCUUACAGAUCCCAAUGACUUAUCGGCUCGGCAAGGAAUCGUGUGGUUCCGAUGGAGAGGCUGGGAUUACACCCUCAAGAAAUCCGUGCUCAUGAUCAGACCCAAAUCCCACAGCAAAGGCAAUCAACAGUCGUAAGAAUGAGGAGGCGGGAAAAAAAAGAAAGAAAAGAAAGAAAAAUAUAACUAGAGGAAAAUGAAAUUCGGUUGCGAACAAGAACAAAAUGUCUUGGGACUGAAAGAGAGUGAUAACUGGACUAUUUGAUGCACCUUUUGUAUCCAACUCGUGAAUUGUUAUUGAAAUAUUGGUACUUUCGGGGUUGACUUUAUCAUUGCUUGUAGGGGUUAAUGCAGGUGCAGAGAAAACGAAAAAAAAAGUUGUAAAAAAAAAACUCAAUAGAUUUAGUUGUACUCUCUUUAUUUCUUUAACAAGCAUUGUAUACAAUACGAGUAAUUUAGAAAGAAAGAAGAAAGAAAGAAAAUAUAUAUAUGUAUAUAUAUUAUAGUUAUGUGCAAUAUUACUAUUUCUUUCUAAAAUAUUACCCAAACUUAGCUAGAGUCUAGUAUUUUGUAGCUUUAUAUAUAUCUUACCAAGAUUACUGGUUUAGGAUUCAGUGCUUUAAGUACAUUUCUAUAGUUUUUUCAUUUUAACUUGAAUUAAGGGAUUCGGUAAAAUGUGUAGAAUGUUCGUAGGUGGUUAUAAACACAUUAUGAAAGUUUAGAUUACAUAACAUGUGCAUGCAUAUAUAUGUAUUUGUUAGUGGAUGCAUAUACAUGGCUCUAUAUCUUGGUCUGUUUCUCUCUCUCUCUCUCGCUCUCUCUCUUUCUGUCUGUCUGUCUCUGUCUGUCUCUGUCUCUCUC